GAUCCUCGCCCGUCUCACAACUUGCGCAGCCCGCCCGUGAUCAGUAUAGUUCAUUUUCCUUCGAUCGGGGUCCCCUGGCAACAACCGCUGGAAUGGACACUAUAUAGUUCACGGGUUAGCGGCAGCUUAGUUAGAGGUGGUACCACUCCACUCACCACUGCCACGCCACUGCUACGACUCCAAGUCGUAAAGGAACUUGGAGAGGCUGCGUGGAAGGGCCGGGAAACUAUACUAUAGUACUGCUGCUACACUAAGCUCGCGAUUAAUGGCAGCUGCCUUGACGAGGAGAGCGGCGGCCGUGGCCGCGGUGCUGGCCACCGUCACCUCGCUCCUCGCCCCCGGCGCGGUGGCGCAGCUCUCGCCGUCGUUCUACAGCGGCAGCUGCUCGAGCCUGGAGUCCAUAGUGAGGUCGGGGAUGGUGUCCGCCGUCCAGCAGGAGCCUCGGAUGGGCGCCUCCAUCCUCCGCCUCUUCUUCCACGACUGCUUCGUCAACGGCUGCGACGGCUCGGUGCUGCUGGACGACUCGUCGACGCUGACGGGGGAGAAGAACGCCGGGCCUAACGCCAACUCGCUGCGCGGCUUCGAGGUGAUCGACGCCAUCAAGUCCCGGGUCGACGCCGCUUGUCCUGGCACCGUGUCCUGCGCCGACAUCCUCGCCGUCGCCGCGCGCGACGGCGUCAACCUGCUGGGCGGGCCGUCGUGGGGGGUGCCGCUGGGCCGGCGGGACGCGCGCACGACGACUCAGGCAGCGGCGAACAGCAACCUGCCGUCUCCGUCGUCGAGCGCGGCGACGCUGAUCUCGGCGUUCGCGUCCAAGGGUCUGGACUCCCGCGACAUGGUGGCGCUGUCGGGCGCGCACACGAUCGGCGCGGCGCGGUGCGCGAGCUUCCGGUCGCGCGUGUACAACGACAGCAACAUCAACGCCGGGUUCGCGACGCGGCGGCGGCAGGUGUGCCCGGCGCAGGGCGGCGUGGGCGACGGCAACCUGGCUCCGCUGGACGCCUUCAGCUCUGUGCGCUUCGACAACGGCUACUUCCGCAACCUGCUGAGCCGCUUCGGCCUCCUCCACUCGGACCAGGAGCUCUUCAACGGCGGGCCCGUCGACUCCAUCGCGCAGCAGUACGCCGGCAACGGCGGCGCAUUCUCCGCCGACUUCAUCACCGCCAUGAUCAAGAUGGGCAACAUCAGUCCGCUCACCGGAUCCAACGGCGAGAUCCGCAACAACUGCCGGAAACCCAACUAAUAAACUACCACGAACGAACGAACUCCUCGAGAUUCGUCGUAGCAUUAGGCGGGAGGGUACGGUGUACGUACGUUGCUUUUUUUUUUUUCUUUCUGGUGGGGAGUGCGUGUGAAGGAAGGAAGGAAAGGGAAGGGCAAACGACAUGAUUUGGUGGAGCGGCGCUGUCAGGUGAGGGGACGAACGGGACCGGGGCUCGUGCAUGUCUUUUUUUCCUUCUCGUCAAGUUUUGAUUGCUCACCACGGAGGCCGGCGGCGACACAUCACGGCGUCGGCAUUGCUUUGGUAAACUGCGCGGAUUCUUUAUCUGUACCAUAUGAUGAUGAUUAUAGUUUCAGAUAUAAGUCUUGUAAGUACGUGGCCCCAACGAUGAUUGUUUUGCAAGGAAAGAAAUGAAUAAGAGACGACACUUUAUUCA